AUGAAGUAUUCCGCCCUUCUUUCCCUUGCCCUGGUCGGAUCCGCUGAGGCUUUCCGUACCCAAGCAACCAAGAAGCAACCGCGCAAGCUUGAGGAAUGUAACAACGCCCCCGAUAUCUUCACGGACGACUACACCACCUUCGGAGCUACCUACAAAGUCAAUUCCUACAGGGGUAAUCCCAACUGCCAAGACUUGGGAUUUGCCUAUGGAUACAAGAUGGAUGAGCGAUGCUUUGAUGCCACCGACCAUCCCUUUGGCACCGAAGACAGCUCCAUCAAGUACGCCAAGACACAGGGUGACUGCGCUUCUGGCACUACUCCCUCUGGAACCUUCACCACCAAGUGCAUCGACGAUGGUGAGACCCCAGAGACUGCUGCUCCUACCGUGGAGUGUGAGUACGACUGGGUGGUCGACCACGACGUUGCCACUUCUCCCGCUGAGGUUGGCAUCCACGUUGAGAUGUUCCCCUAUGCAGAGAAGGCUCACUUCAACAUCACCCUUGAUGAUCCCCAGUACGGAGGUAAAACUUUCACUGAUGGAUGGUGCAUUGACUGGGACCGUCUCAUCGGUACCCAAGACUGGGAUGUUGAUAUCUUCAGUUUUGCCUCGAUGCCAUCCCCGCCGCUGCUUUGGACAAGCACGACAUGCUCCCCAACUUGGCAUGGUUGA